AUGAACCACUUUCCUGAAGCUUGGGGCCGGCCGCGAGAUGAUGUGUACGGAGCCUAUGACCGCUCAUAUCUACAGACCUCGGGCCCAAUGACCCAUACUCAACGCCCAAUCGUGACUGGAACCUCUGUUAUUGCUGUCAAGUUCAAGGACGGGGUCGUGAUAGCUGCCGACAACUUGGGUUCGCCUGCACCAGCCUCCUAUGGCUCCCUUGCUAGAUUUACCGACGUAAAGCGUCUUCGGGCUUUCGACAACUCCUCCGUGGUUGGGUUUGGUGGUGACGUCUCUGACAUGCAGUAUAUUGACCGCGUCUUGAACUCGCUAGACAUACAAGAGAACUAUUCCACAUAUGGCGAACAUUCUCUCAACGCCAAAAAUCUGCAUACAUACCUGUCCAAACUGCUCUACAAGCGACGAUCCGACUUUGACCCUCUCUGGAACCAUAUUCUUGUUGCCGGACUCGAUGGAGAAGGCAAGCCAUUCCUUAGCUCUGCAGAUUUGCUAGGAACCACGUACUCUGCACCAUCUCUCGCUACAGGAUUCGGAGCGCACUUGGCUAUUCCUAUUCUUCGUCGAUUAUUCCCAGAGGAGGAUGGAAUAGAGAACAUCACAAAGGAGCAAGCUAUCGAUGCUAUGAAGCAGUGUAUGAAAGUAUUGUUCUAUCGAGAUGCGAGAAGUUCGGACAGAUAUUCGAUUGCAGUUGUUACCAAGGAGGGAGUGGAGCUCAAGGAAGACGAGGCGCUGGAGAACCAGAGCUGGGCUUUUGCUGAUAGGAUUAGGGGUUAUGGCACUCAAGUCAACUAA